GUUCGGGUCGGGUACCAUCAAAGUCCGUCAGCUGUGAACACAAUUAAAACGACCGUAUCACAUUGAUACGAUUGAUUAGCGCUGCCGCUCUUGGAACUAAUAAACAAAGUAUUCAGAGGACGCACUGCGGAUGACGUCCCGCAUGUGUUGACCGAUUUUGAGCAGAGUACUGUUUCCGCGGUGAUUAAAGUGAACACUUGAAUACUUUUUGUAGCAUCGUUGAGAUUCUUGUCAACGGAAUUGGAAAGCUCUUGAAUUGAAGUGGCAGGAAAAUUGGACUUCAAAAUGCCUAAAUUCAGUGGACCCAACUGGUUCUCAAAACCUCAGUCCCGCAAAAAAACCAAAGCUCCUCCCGUGAAGGGAACAACCUUGGUGACUUUUGCCGAAGAGGACGAAGAGGAAGCGCCUCCAUCCGGAUCAGUCCCGAAGGCACCGCUUAGAAACCCUCGGAAACAGCAAGGACACUCCGUUCGAUCGCUACUGUCGCGUCAGGUUUCGUGGAUUAGCAGCAGUGAGGGAGGAAGCAGUGGUCGAAGUUCUUCAGGGACGAGCAGCGACGGAGGCGGACGCAGCCCAGGCGAAUCAGGAGGGGGCAGUUUCUCCCGGCAGAGCAGUGUCAGACAGAGCGCAACCAGCCAUCAGCGGAGUGGGUUUUCCACGUCGGGAACCAGCAGGAAGCCGCCGCCACUGAGACGACCGAAGAGUGCGAUGGCCGACACGGAGAAGGAGGAAGCUGUGAACUUGCAAGUGGAGUUCGAGUGGGUGCUGCACGAGGAAGUACACUCGGUGCUGAAACAGUUGCACGUCAUUCUGGUGGAGUGUGCCCAUCGGUUUCCGGUUCCGCUGUACGGCAACGAAGGAAAAAAGCAAGACAAAUUUGUACUGACGGCAGCCCCGGAGCAGUUGAAGUGUAUCGUCACGUUAACCGGCGAUAGCAUUACUCACGCGGAUAUCAACUUUAAAGUGCAGCGUCAGCAACAACAAACACAACGCACAAGCAUCACCCAAGACUACCCGUGGAAAAUCCAACAGGUACAGGACGCUGCCAACCACCUCCAGCAAGCAAUACACCACAUCGACAAUGUGGACAGUGCGUACAACUUUAAAACCUCCGACGAGGUCAUGCACAUUCUUGGCAACAUUUUGGGAGCGUUGCAGCGGGGCCGGACUUCUCUGGUGGUACCCCGAAAGAAGCCCAUCGACGAGCUGAUGAAAAGUCGAAACAUGAAGGCUCUGUCGCCUAACUUACCGGAGGAUUUGGCCAUCAGUUUUUACAUCCAGAGCCACAAGUUGAUCUUUGUGGCUUAUCAGCUGACCAACUUUCAGGGUACGAUGAAGUUCGAUUCCUGCCAGGCUGAAUGUUCAGUGCCCUGGCUGAAUGAGGUGCUGGUGUUGUUCACCGUGGCGUUGCAGCUGUGUCAGCAGCUCAAGGAUAAGAUUUCAGUAUUCUCUCAGUACAAAGACUUCACCGUUGGUUCUCGAUCAGCAUCGGCCAUGUCCUAUUGAUUGGAUCUAUCGCCGGCAGCGGAACCACUGGUGCCGUGUCGGGCUUAAGCAGGCAGAUUAGAAUUUAUGUACAACCAGUCCCCCAUUUUCGUUUACUGAGAUAUUGAUUCGUCAACUCUGCCUGCCUGAACGAAGUGCAGCAAACUCCUCAGUUUUCAGGACAAAACAAAAUGCAUACGUGGAACUAGUGAAAUUCUGGAUCCUAUUAGUCGUUAAGUAUCGCGCUAAAUCCAUACACACUUAUGCAAACCGUGGCGUUGUUCAAACGAAGAUCUAGAGUUUAGUGUUCGUAACGGAAAAAAUAGCGAAUUUGGCCGCCGUAGGCCGUUGUUGAUAAUGUUUUAAUGUUUGUUGAUAAAUUAGGUACUCGUGCUGUUUUCGGUGGAAGUCUGAAAAAUGGAAUACUAACGAAGAAAUUGCUUCUAAGAAUGUCCUUAGCUACUAGAAAGGAUCAACAGACAGCCGAUAACAUCACAUUUAGAUAAGCAGAAGUGAAAAAAGUGAAUUUCAUGUUUAAGAGUACUUAACGAGUCGUAAGUAAAUUAAACUGAUGAGAUCAUAUACUGGCAAAUAUUUACUCAACCUUAUACGUACGAAACAACGUGCGAGUGUUCCACUUCAUAGAUGAAUUUUAACCUCCGGUUAGCAGACGGUCAUUGAUUUUGACAAAAAAGGCGUUUGCAAUACAGCGCCCUCAAUUUAGCGUGCGAUAAAUGAUGAAAAUUAGUAGUAGGAAUCUCGAAAAGACCUUAAUUAAGACAACAUGGCCGGCUGCUGAACGGAGGGCGGCACUUACGGGGACACCACAUGGCGCAAACACGACAUUUUCCCAGAGCUGAUGGGGCUUGCGCUUGGAUGUGUCCCCUAAAAGGCUAGUGCCACUAGUUCAUAGCAGACAAUGAACUGUAAAAUAUGAGUAGUAUAGGCACCAUUAUACACAUACAUAAGCUAGUAACUUUUUGAACGCUUCAGCGUUAAUACUAAUUCAAUAGUAAGGAGUAAAAAUUCACUACUUGAAGGUUUUAAACUGUUCGGAUAGAUUAUGACGAUUUUAUUUUGCAAAUAUAGUUAUUUAUUUAAA